UGACUUGAAUCCCUAAACACUGCUGUUCUUUGAUCAUUUAUACUUAGAGUUGCAAACAAAGACUUGCUAAAGAUCAUGAUGGCAAGUGAUAGUUUUGAAGAUUCCGAGACGAGCCCGGACAACAACAACAACAACAAGGAAGGCUGCAGUGAAGAUGAAGAGGAGGAGGUGAACAAGAGUAACAGCAAGGCAGCAAAUGGAGAGAGCUCAAGCAAUAGCUCAGUUGAAGAAAAUGGGAAGAACUACGCGUCUGGAUCUGUCCGGCGGUAUAAUCGUUCCAAGACACCCAGACUCCGGUGGACUCCUGAUCUCCAUCUUUGCUUCGUUCAUGCAGUUGAAAGACUAGGAGGACAAGAUAGAGCAACACCCAAGUUGGUUCUUCAAUUGAUGAACAUCAAAGGCCUUAGCAUAGCUCAUGUGAAGAGUCAUCUACAGAUGUACAGAAGCAAGAAGAUUGAUGACCCCAAUCAAGCCAUGACAGAGCAAGGGCUUCUGUUUGAAGGUGGAGAUCACCCUACAUACAAACUCAGCCACCUUCCCAUACUGCGCAGUCUUGAUAAUCAGAGGCCUUCUUCAAGUUUUCGGUAUGGUGAUGUUUCGUGGAGAGGGAAUGAUCAAAAGGUCUAUGGCUCUCAUAGGGGAGGCAGUGCAUUGGCAUUGGAUAUAGCAACAAAAGGGCUUUACACUUCAGUCACAGAGAGAUUGUUUGGAAGCUAUAACAAUAACUCACUUGGCAUUAGUUCCCCAAUGGCUGAAUCUUGUGUCAGAGGGAAAGCUGCUUCAGGAAGAAGAACUCACCAACUGCUGGAAGAACUUCAAUCUCUUCCCGGAUCCUGGCAAACACAAACAAGGCCAAGCAGAAUAGGUCCCAUUACUUUCACAGCUCAGUUUCAGGAGAGAGUAACAGAUCAAACUAGAUGUCUGAGCAGCAUCAACAAUUCAAAGCAAAAUAGCUGGAAAAUGACUCAAGAAUCCCAAGACAGACAGAAGAGGAAGACUGCGGAUUCAAAUCAUGACCUGGAUUUAAAGUUAUCCCUGAAAAUGACACCACCAAACAUUAAUGAUGAUGAUGAAUUUGAAAGGGAUAGUUUGGAAGGAUUUGCUAGUAGUUUGUCUCUUUCCUUAUCUUCACCUUCAUCAUCUUCGAAGCUUAGCAGCUUGAAGGAAGGAAAUGCUGAUGGCAGAAAGCAUGCAAGGACCAUGGCAAGUACCCUGGAUCUGACUCUAUGAAAGAGACAUUAAGUGAUCAGAUCUUGAAGUACUUGAUCAAUGAGACAAUUCAUAAUCAAUGUGGAAUGAGACAAUUCGUAAUCAAUGCGAAUCGUUGCCAAUGUUAACCUGAAAAUGUAUAA